UUCAGUCAGUGGUGAUGGUGGGAGGAGCCAGUAAAGCUGCUCAUUACUGAUAAAGAGCUGAAUAAAGAGGAAGUAACUAAAGCAGACAGAUGUAGAGACAGAGAGAUUCACACAGAGAUCAUUCAGCAUAAAGAAGACUGAACUCAAGUCACAAUGAAGAUCCUCCUCAUCUUCUUCACUUUCUACCUGAUCUCAGAUGCAGUGAGAUGCUUUAACGUCACUGGAUAUUCUGGAGGAAGCGUGCUUGUUGAUUCUGGGAAACUUUGGUUCACUGAUUCUGCUAAAUAUAUGUAUAAGUUACCUGAGUGGAGAAUAAUAAUUAAUUAUAAGAAACAUGAUAAAGGGAUUAAUGAAGGAAGAUUCACACUGUUUCAAAACAAUGAGGGAAAACUCAUGAUCUUCAUCAGAGAUUUAAAUCAACAUGAUGCUGGAGGAUACUGGAUUAGGUAUCAUGGCCAGUCGUCUAUUGAUAUGACUUUGAAUGUGAAAGAAGAUUCAUGUUGUAAAGGAUCAAAGAGAGUGAUGGUGAAUAUUGUUGAAACCGCCAAUUUCAGCUGUGAAUAUUCACAGAAUGAUAUUAAUAAUCCCAAGAUCAUAUUCAAACAAGAAAAAGACUCCAUUGAGACGAUCUACAGUAGAUUGAAGAAGAAAGAAAGAUUCAGUAUUUCUGACGACAAACAGAAAAACCUCUUCAGUGUGAGGAUUACUGCUAGACACAUACAGUUACUCUGUUAUUAA